GUACCAAUACUACCCUUCAAGACAAAGAAACAAAGACAACAGCAAAACAUAAAGACAGGAGAAAAAUCCACACAAAUAGGUACAGAAAACAGGUGGAGCCAAAUGGUGGAAGAAGAACUCAGAGAAACAUCAGCUAUUGCCCAAACGAUGAUAGGAGGUUAAUACACAAUGAAGAAGCACAAAGAAGAAAAAUCAAUGAACCAGAAAGCAGACAAAAAUUGGCAAAAUCAAUGACAGUGAUGAAAAAAUAG